ACUGGACGCGAUAACGGUCAUCUUGAGAGGCAUCUUGUCGUGCUAGAGCAAGCCGAGCCGAGAUAGGGCACCCAACACCCAGCAUGUUGGGGAGGAGGAGCCGUCGAGGGUCCUCUGGUGCUGGCGGCCGGGGGCAUACCCUCUCUCGCACCGCCCGAGGGGAGCUUUUGUUUUCUGUGAGCGAGGUGGAGCGUAGUCUACAGGAAGGCCAGUGCGCCCAGCGCCUGAGUCCCUCUGCGCCAGUCUUCCUCGCUGCCGUGAUUCAGUACCUGACGGCCCAGAUCCUGGAGCUGGCGGGCAAGGAGGCCCACAACAACGGAGAGAGGACCAUCACUCCACAGCCGCUGGACAUGGCGGUUCACGACAACGCGCUGCUGAGCACCCUCUUUGACACAACAACCGUCUCUCAAGUGGUUCCCGGCCGGGACUAGCUGCUGACGACGCACGACUUCUGGGACCUGGCAGGUCCACUCGUCCACCCACCCAGCCCCAAAUCCCCCAGCCCCCAAACCACCCCCUGUUUCCACCGGCCCCGAGGUCUCUUGGGCCUUCAUUCAUUAAUUCUGUCAGUAAAGUGUUUAAUGGAUCCCACCUGCCUGUUUCAGUCACUUUGCCUUGGGGGAGGGAGGGGGGUGUGGGAUGAGGGGACGUGCGAUGGGGUGGGGCGUUAAGAGACCUCCAUAGCUGGAGGGAUGGACAGGUGGGGCU